AUGCUAAAGCGAAUUAGUAAAACCUCAUUCAUAAAUUUAAGAUCUAUAUGCCUUUCUGCCUCUCAUCGCCAACAACAAUUAGAACAAGAAAAUGCUCCGAAAAAACUACGAGAAGAAGUCUUACUACAUCCAGAUUAUUUUAAAGUGCAUAAUUUAUUCACAGUAAAGGAUUUAUUUGAUGCCAGAGUACAUUUUGGGCAUCGUGAUGGUUCGCUAGAUGAACGAAUGUUGCCUUACAUUUAUGGCAGUAGAUUAGGUCAUAUAAUAUUCGAUUUGGAUAAAACUGCAGAAUAUUUAAGGAAAGCUUUAAAUGUAACGGCUCAUAUUGCUUACAGAGACGGAGUUAUAAUAUUUUUCCAGAGGGGAGCACAGAAUGCAUAUUUAGUGGAAAAAACAGCCAAAGAGUGUGGGGAGUUUGCCCAUACGAGGUUCUGGAGAGGAGGAAUAUUUACCAAUGCCACCAAACAAUUUGGAUGUGUAACUAGAUUACCAGAUCUAUGCAUAUUUUUUAAUACGUUGAAUAAUGUACUUAUUCAACAUACAGCUGUUAGGGAUGCUGCAAAAAUGUUGAUUGCUACUAUCGGUAUCGUUGAUUCAAACUGCAAUCCUAACCUUAUUACUUAUCCUGUACCAGGCAAUGAUGAUUCUCCUGCUUCUAUGGAACUUUACUGUAAAUUAUUUAAGGCUGCCAUAUUUAGGGGGAAGGAAAAACGAAAAGAACAUAUUGAACAAAAUAUUUAUUUAGUGUAA